GCUUCUACGGACUCGCAUGACUCAUGUCUUGGGAUACUGUUCCUGCUCUCUUGUUGCUGCAGUUGUGUGGUCUCAGAACUUCAAUUCUUUUCUUCCAGACUCUCAGUAUUGGCCCCCAGACCUCUUCUUCCUCUGGGACCUUGGCAUCCAGCCCCAGCCGAUGGGGGAGGGUGCAAAUCUUAUAAUUCUUGAACUACAUUUCCCAUAAAGCUAUGUGAUUGGCUGCGGUAAUCUACUAGGGAGAGACCCUGGCGCCUUCUGGGAGUUGUAGUCCUAGAACUAGAAAGGGCCGCUUCCCGCAUUUUCGUGGCCCGACGACUGGGUUCCCCAAAAGCCGUGGGCUUCUGGCCAAAAAGCCUGGGUCUUGGGGCCCAGAGAGGGGAGGAGACUUAUGGCUAGAAGCCUUUUCCUUGGCUCUAGAGCCGACAGAGUACCUGGCCUUCGGUGAUGCUCGGAAAGUUCUAGUCUGCGAAGGUGGCUGCCUCUGUGACAUCAUGGAGGUCUAGGCGGGGCCUCCUUUUGUUGCGGUCCAAUCAGACAGAGUCGAACUUCUGGGCAGGGCGGAGGAAACCCUAGGGAAUAUCUCUUGGGAAUUUGGGGCUCCACGUGGGUAGCUAGAAGGCGGAUGCUGCCGGAGGUCCUAGUAGUAAGGGGCGAACCGUGACUGUGACCCGCAACAAAAGCUCUCUAUACCACGCAGCCCACCUCACCCUCGCCCCCAACAAAGUUCUUAAUUUUGGUCUUGGGAAAAUAUUAGAGUGGAAGGACCGGCCUGCUUCUCCCACCUAAAAGCCCUCAGAACCUAGACUCUUAGCGAACCCUAGCGUUCGAGGACAUCCCUGUCAGGAGUCAAGGUCGGGAAGCGGCUGGCUGUUUAGAGUGCUUCAGGACUCCUCGGUUUCCUAAUGAGAAGGGUGCUCCCUGCCAACUGGGGCUUCAUUAGUCUCGGAGAAGGGCUUCUCUCCGUUUAGCGUUCACCUCCUCGGUUUAGGGUAAGAAGUCCUCCCCCGAGUUCCGUGCGGACUGCGAGCUCUGGCCGCAAUGGGGCCGCAGCGGCUUCCGCUCCUGGUGGCAGCGUUGGCCGGCUGCCUGCUUCCUGCCCGGGGCUGUGUCAUAUGUGACCCAAAAGUCGUGGAGGCGCUGAGCUCCUUGGAAACAGAUUACCUGCCUGGCCACCUGGAGGCCAAACAUCACAAAGACGUGAUGAAAAGGGUAAAGCAGGUGGUGAAGGAUUUCCAGGAUUUGCCGAUUGAUGAGGAUUCCUACAUGGGGGUCGUCGAUGAGGCCACUCUGGAAAAGGCAUCCUGGAGCUUGCUGAAGGAUCUGAAACGCAUCACAGACAGUGAUGUAAAAGGUGAGCUCUUUGUGGAUGAGCUGUUCUGGACGUUGCGCCUGGCAAAGGAUACCUUCGCCAGUUAUGCUGCUCAGUUUCAAAAACAGGUUUUUUGUCCCAACAAAUGUGGUUUGAUGUUGCAGCCUCUGAUCUGGUGCAGUACCUGCCAGAAGCAGGUUCACUCUUGUCGAAAGUCCCGGAGUUGCGGAGAGCGCAAAGUCAAGGUCCAUCAAAUGGAAGAUAUGAUUCUGGAUUGUGAGCUCAACUGGCAUAAAGUCUCUCAAGGCCUGACGGAUUACAGCUUUUACAGGGUUUGGAAGAACAACUCUGAGACCUUGAUGGCCAAGGGGCAAGAGCCCACCCUGACCAAGACCAUGGUGAGUCCGAAGGAUGCAGGCACAUAUCGCUGCGAGCUGGGUACUGUGCAAUCCACUCCAGCCACCAUCAUCCAUUUUCAUGUCACAGUAUUGCCCAAAAGAAUCGUGGAGGAGACACCGUCACCAAACACCGAAACCCAGGAUGAGAUGGCUCCGGGUGAGGUGACUUUGGAUCGUCCCCAGACGUCCGCAACCCUCCAAUCACAGUCUCCAGGGCCCGAGAAAGUGCUGAGACACCGCCUGGUAGGGUUGCUCAUCGGGGCCAUCGUGGUGCUGAUAGCCGGCGUCGUGACCGCGUGAGCCGCCCCCUGAAGAAGGCGGGGCCUGGAGUGAGGGGCGGGGUUUCCAAGUCCCUAAGGCAGGAAGGCUGGCCUUCCUCCGGGAGCGGGAGCGAGGCUUACCUAGGAGGGCGAAGCUUGGCUAAAUGCUAGAAUGAGAUCAAGCACCGGGGAGGCUGGGAAGCGGUGUUCCUCACUCAGCUGGGACCUAACCUCUUUCCGCUAUUUGCACUCCCGCCAGGAUACUUUUCUCUCAGUCUGGGAAAGUGAUGAAUUUCCUAAAGGCCUCCCCGCUCAGCCCUGGCAAAGGCACUGCUUAGGACUCCCGGAGAAG